CAAAACACAUUCAUAAACGUGGAAAGCAGUUGGACAACUCUUCUCACAAAGGAGGGAGGCACUGACGUCAGUUAAGACCCGACAGAUAUUUGCCAACUCCAGUCAACACUAUGGUCAUGUUAUUCGGCCCAGCUUUAGUGAUGGCCCCAGUGCUCCUGAACAUACCUGCAGCCGCGGUGUUUGUGCUGAGCUGCGUGUGCGCCGUACCGCUGCAGGGCCAGAAGCCGGCUCACGUGGACCCCCUGACUGCCCCCCGGGCGAACCCGCAGUGCUGGGACUCCUCCUCGGCGCUGCUGCUGGAGAUGCGCUCCCCGAGGAUCGCUGACACGGUGCCCGCCUUCUGGGACCUGAUGGUGUUCCUCAGGUCGUCAGACAACAGCAAGCACACGGCGCUGUUCUGGGACCUGGCCCGGGUCUUCUGGGACCUGUAUCUGGACUGCGUGCUGUCCAGGAGUCACGGCCUGGGGAGGAGACACUCCCUCAUCACUGACAAGUCCUUCAGAUUCAACAGCUCAGGAGUGAACACCCGUGCGUGGCUCAGUGUCAGGGUGAGACGCAGAGGACACAUCAAGACCCUGAAGACCAAGUCCAAAUCAAAGUCACAUUACCACAAAUAAUUCAUAUUAUUUCUUUGUUGGUAGCUUUCUUCAGUAUUUUCUUUGGCACCGAAAAGCAAUAUUUCACUCUGAUGUUUUCAGGUACUCAAAGGAUUUCUGUGGUUCUCAGUAGCAAGUGUUGUUGCUCUUAUUGUUGACAUGAGUGUGAUGUGUCCUAGUCAAAAGUAAUAUUUUUAGGUGAUGAUGUAUGGACAUGUCGAAAACUAAUUAUAGGAUUACCUGGUUGUUUUUCCUUGUUUGUCUGAUAAUUUCAAGUAUAACAAAUUCAUGUAAUGUGGUUGUAAACUGUACACCUUGACUAUCCAAAUACACUUGACAUCAGUCAGCAGAUUUCCUUCAAAAUCAAUAAAUGAGUGGCCAAACUGUGAUGUACAUUUGCUAGUAAAUAACCAAAAAGCCAAAUAAU